AGAACAAAGGAGCUGGGAUGUAAUCAUGUGGCAUGUGAAAAAAUAGUGAAUUAAGGAUGACUUAUUGUACUUAGAAUGGGUGUUACUACAAGCAAAAAAAUACAAAAACCUGUCCAGCCGACGCAACCUCCCUACAAUGGUAUUCCAUGUGAUUACCAAUUCCUUAGAAUAGACAUUCCUUUUACUAUUCAAAUGAACUUAUCAUUCCUUAGUAACCCUAAUAUGCAAAUGGCUACAUCAGAUCCAAAUGCAUAUAUACCGCAUCUUAUACAGAUGUAUGACCUUGGAUAUCGGCUUUUGUCCUUCAAGCUAACGCAGGGAUCUAUUAGAUCAUCCGGAGUUAUGUCCAUGACAUCUACAACAACACGUCGUGCACAGGCAAUAUUCCGAAAGAAUGAACCAAAAUUCCAACCAGAUGAAAGAUUUUCGCUGCAAGUAAUAAAAUCGUCGAUUGAAUCUGGAACAUUUCUUACUGGAGUUCAUUCUAUGUCCCAAUCAUCGUCACAAACACAGACGCAAACUCAGCAUUUGUUUAAAAUGAUAAACGACUACGCAUAUAAAGGGUGUCGUCUGCGCUGUAUAGAGAUCACUGGAUGUUACAGACCUCCAAAGGAUCUGAAUAUGUACGGUCCUCAGACUAUGGGAGUAGGAAGUGGUAUGGCAUACGGACAGGGUCACUUGAAUUCGAAGAGCAGGAUUUAUGGCGUCGAUUUAUUCUUUGAAAUACCACAACACCCUUCACCAGAAUUGUACCAGUACCAAGCUGUCCCACUGAAAUUGACCGCGCAGUUAAAUCUUAAGAUGGGAUUUGGUACCAUAAAAGAGAAUUGGGGGUUACAAUUAGACUGGCAAGAAGUAAUGAAUCAAUAUCUAGGAACAGGAUGGCGUCUAAUAGAAGUGUUUAACGAUAUGUCAGCUGAUACCUCCAUAGGUAUGACUGGAUUUGGUUCAAGCUCAACCACAUCGAUUUUAAACAUAAUCUUUAUAUUUGAGAAAUCCCAAUCUCAUUUGAAUGACAACACACCAAUGUAUGAAGGAACCAUGGUUGAAUACCAAGCUUCAUGGUCAGUAUCAGCUGGGAUUGGCACAUCUACCAUGGUGAUAGAUACUAACUGGGACAAUGUUAUUGGAAAUAUGGGAAAUCAAGGAUGGGAACUUAUAACCAUACUCCAAACACCAGCAACAACAACUAAAACGCAGUUUAUGGGAGCUUUUACAAGGACAAAUUUGAUGUGGAUGUUUUUCCAACGACAAAUAGUAUCAGCUUCUCUACCACCAAUUGGAUUUGAUCCACCUGCUCCAGUUCUUCCUUACAAGCAAUAAUGAUGCCAAAGGCUUUGAAAUGGCAUUUUUAAUAAAUAGUGAUUUUAAGGAUAUGUUUAUAUGUUGUGACCAUGAAACUUAAUUUUGAUGAAAUUGUUUUUACCCUUUUUAUGCAGACACAAAUAAUUGUAUUUUAUAUUUUGUUAAUGCUUUCAAAAUUCGUUCAUUGAAUUACUCCCUAUUACCACCAUUAGUGAUUGUCAUUUGUCUUAUCCAAAUGUUUUUUUUUAUGUGUGACUGGGGAAGGCAGAAUUGAUGACAUGGCUUAAAUAUUCCAAAACCAUUUUUUUUUUUAACUAUUUCUUAAAACGACUUAGAAUUUGACAUAGUGUAAUUGAAAUGGCACUUGUUUAUUAUUGAACAUAUAGUGUUGACUUCCUUUGUUGUUUUUGGGUUGAUGUCUCUUUUGAAGAUACCAAAUAUCUCAUUUUGUUAAGAUCGACUUAUAUUUUCUUAAUUUUUACAAAAAGGAGAAUCUGCAAUGUGGUAAAACUUGGGAGCUUGUAGACAAAAGGAGGAAAAAAAAAAAAGAAAUGGAUAGAAUCCAAAGAAAUUUUAAGAGGAGAGAAUGAUGAAAAAACGAAAAAAGGGACUUGGUAUGCGAGGGACAGAAAUAUAUACCGUUGUAAACGGAUGAGAACA